GUAGAGAUAACAACGUCUUUCACGAAAUGCUGCUCACACCCUCGGCGGGCUCCCCAGCGGCUGCGCUGCACGCGCCCAGCAGCAGUCGCAACAGUCGACUAAGCAGCGGCCACUCUCGCCCUAGCAGCUGCUGCAGCAGCCAUGGGCUAGCUUGUAGCUCCAGCACACAUACAGUGCUGCCUAGCAAGCGGCUGAGCUCUGCAGCAGGGACCUUCCGUGGGUCUCGGAGCGUGCCGCUCCGGAACCGCAUCAUCGCGGCCGCCGCGGCGCCGCGCAGCCCUCCAGGCAGCAGCACCAGCGGCAGCCCCGGAGUCGACCCGCCGCAGAAGACCGCCGCGGACGCGGCCGGCGGGCACACGCCGCAGCAGCCGGCGGCGGUGAUCGGCAUCGACUUCGGCACCUCGGGCUCGGGCUACGCGGCGAUCCUGGGUCCGUUUGCGUCGGGUGCGGCGCAGCGCCCCAUCAAGUCAUGCGCUCAGUGGCCUGAUGACCCGCACAGCGGCGGCGAGCUCAAGACCAAGACCGCAAUCCUGUACCGCGGGGACAAGGUGGACGCCUGGGGCUGGACGGCGUGGAGGCGCUGGUCGGAGAUGUCCGCGGCUGAGCGCCUCACGGCGGACUGGUGCUACCUGGAGGGAUUCAAGCUGCUGCUGGGCGACAACGACAGCGGCGGCGGCGGCGGCGGCAGUGCGCGGGGGGGCCCGGACCUGAAGGCCCUGGGCCCGCGGCUGCCCAAGGGCAAGAACGCCGUGGACGUGGUGUCGGACUUCCUGUCGGAGCUGCGGCGCUUCACGUUCAAGCGCCUGAAGGACCAGUACGCCAAGUCGCCCGCCGCUGCCGCCACCGCCGCUGCCAACGGUGGUGGCGGCGCGGCGGCGGCGGCCGCGCUGGACGCUGCCUCAGUGGUGUGGUGCGUCACCGCGCCUGCCAUGUGGGGGGAGGCGGCCAAGGAGCGCCUGCGCCGAGCUGCCGACCGUGCUGGCAUGAGCUUCGCCUCCAAAUCCGACUCUCUGAUCCUGGCGCUCGAGCCGGAGGCCGCUGCUGUGGCCAUGACUAAGAUGAACCGCAUCCGCGCCGCCGCCAGCGCCGCCAGGACCGCCGCCAACGCCGCAGCUGGUGGCGACAGCAAUGACGCCGGUGCCGGAGGCGGCCUCCGCCCGGUGACCGGUGGCAGCGGCCCGAAGCAGCAGCAGAAGGGCGGCGGCGGCGCAGCGGCCGUCAAGGAGGGUGAGGAGCAGGAGCUGGAGGACGGCGAUGUGGUGUUGGUGGUGGACUGCGGCGGCGGCACUGCAGACGUCACCCUGCAUGAGGUGGUCAUCGACGAGGCGCAGGGAGACAUACCCAUGACCAUACACCUGUACGAGGCGGCCGUGGGGAAAGGCGCCGAGGCGGGCGGCCGCUCUGUGGACGCGGCUCUGUUUGCGCUGCUGCGGGGCCACGUGGGGCCGGAGGUGUGGGACGAGUGGAAGAAGCUGCACCCGGGCGAGUGGACCGAGCUGUCGUCCAAGUGGGAGGACAAGAAGACAAAGAUGAAGGAGGGUGAUCCGGCGCUGGAGCUGCAGCUGCCGCCCGCGCUCAUGGCGAGGUGCCAGCAGCGGAUGGCCGUGCAGUCGCCCGCCGCCCAACCCGGCCUGCACCUAGACGCGACCCUGGGACUGGUGCAGUUCAGCCGGGAGCUGCUGAGGGCGGAGGUGUUUGGGCCCGUCAUGGACCAGAUUGCGGCCGUGGUGAAGGAGGUGGAGGCGGAGGGGCGGCAAAGGCGUGGCAAGAAGGCGACCAAGAUGCUGCUGGCUGGCGGCUUCGGCAACAGCCCACUGCUGCAGGAGCGCAUGCGGGAGCUGCAGCGGCAGCUGGGUGUGCCGCUGCUCAUGCCGCCCGUGCCGGGCACCGUCGUAGUCACAGGCGCGGCGCUGCUGGGUGCGGAGCCGGGUCUGGUCCGGGCGCGGCGAUGCCGCCUGACGUACGGCAUCCGCUGCCGCGCGCUGUGGACGUCGGAGGAGGCGGUCAGCUACUCCGCGUUCGGCUACCCGCAGCGCAUCUGGAAGCCCGAGGAUAACGAAUACUUCGCGGACGGUGUGUUCGAGACGUUUGCGCGGCGUGGCCAGCUGGUGGCCACAGACGAGGCCGUGAAGCGCGUGUUCUGCCCCACCAGCAGCACCACCACCGCCAUCGCCAUUGACGUGUACGCCUCGCCGGCGGCCGAGGCCCGCUACACGUGCGAGCCCGGCAUGCGGCGGGUGGCGCAGCUGACGCUGGAGCUGCCGGCCGGGUGGCGCCAGCGGGUGGCCAACAGGACCGAUUACGACGUGGAGGUGGAGCUGCGCUUCGGCGCCGCGGCGAUCACGGCUGUGGCGCGGGACCCGCACACCGGCGACGCCGUGGCCACACGUUUCAACUGGCUGUAGUGCCGUGGCUGUGUGGUUGCCGUGGCUGUAGUGGUGCUGCAGUGCCGUAGCUGUGUGUGUGCCGUGUGGAUGUGGUGUAAAGUGCUUUGGCCCGGCGGGCGGCCUAACUGGGCACUACAGACGGGUGUGAUGCCGCAUGGUCGAGUGACUGAGCAAGGCAGUCGAGCCCGCAGUUGUCAGCGGCCCAAGGCGCCUUUGCAUACGCUGAUGCUGAGUUGCUGAGUUGCCGUCAGCAAGUUUGGUUUUGGGUCAUGGGCCUGGGCUGGG